CCAACAUCCCCUUCAGCCUUAAUGUCACCUCGGUGCCACCAACCCCUCCCCGGUGUCCCCUUCCCGGGGCUCUGGGGUCCCCUCAGUGCCACCACCCCCUCUCAGUGUCCCCUUCCCGGGGCUCUGGGGUCCCCUCGGUGUCCCCAAUAAACCCCUUUGUCCCCAAGUCCCCUGGUCUUGUCCUGUCACUGGGGGUGGGGCCUGGGGGGGUCCCCGUGUCCCCAAAGUGCCACCAGGGCUCUGGGGGUCCCCGAGGUGCUCCUGGGGGGGUCCCCAAAUUAUCACCAGGGCUCUGGGGGUCCCCAAAGUGCUCUUGGGGGUCUGGAGAUCCCCAAAGUGCCACCAGGGCUCUGGGGGUCCCCAAAGUGCUCCUGGGGGUCCCCGAGGUGCUCCUGGGGGUCCCCAAAGGGCCCCUGGGGGUCUGGAGGUCCCCAAAGUGCUCCUGGGGGUCCCCAAGGUGCCACCAGGGCUCUGGGGGUCCCCAAAGUGCCCCCUGGGGGGCUGGGGAAGGGCAAAGGUCCGAGGGCCCAUCCGGCCCCUCCCAGGGCAGAGUCCAGGGCGGUGGCACCUGAGCCAGGUGUGUCCCCUGAGCCAGGUGUGUCCCCUGUGCCAGGUGUGUCACCUGAGCCAGGUGUGUCACCCCCCUCCCCAUUUCCUGUAUCCGGGGGGGGGUCAAAGUCCACUCCCCGCCCAGGGAGGGGCCGGAAAUGGGGGGGGGGCCCACGUGGGGGGGUAUAAAGAGCCCCCCACGUUGUCACCAGUUCACCAGUGCCACCAGUGCCACCAACCAUGGCCUUCGUCCCCGCGCCCGGGUACCUGCCCGCCUACAACCCGCCCCUGCCCUACGUGGCCCCCGUGCCCGGGGGGCUCCAUCCCGGGAUGGCCAUUUACGUGCAGGGGGUGGUGGCCCACCACGCCAAAAGUUUCCGCGUGAACCUGGCCUCUGGCCCCGAGGAGGGGGCGGACGUGGCCCUGCACGUGAACCCCCGUUUCUCGGGGGGGGUCCUGGUGCUCAACAGCCGCCGGGGGAAGCACUGGGGGGACGAGCAGCGCCAGGACCCCCAACCCCUGCACCCGGGGGGGCCCUUCGAGCUCGUCAUCAACGUCACCCCCCACGGAUACCGCCUCCUGGUGAACGGGUCCCACUACGCCGAGUUCCCGCAUCGACUCCCCCCGGAGACCGUGGGGGCCGUGACCGUCGACGGGGACCUGGAGCUGCACUCGGCCUCCGUCCUGGGGGGCGGGGGCCCGUGUGCACCCCAGUGUGUCCCGGACAUGCCCCAGGCCAUCCCCUCGUACCCCAACUUCAACCUGCCGGUGAUGGGGCAGCCCCCCACCUUCCACCCGGUGAGUGGGGCAGCUGGGGGGGGGUUGGGGAGUUUUUGGGGGGCAGG